AUGAGGUGCAAAUCUUGCGAGAGCUGCUUCCAAGAUUAUUACGCCGAUACCUGCAAGCAGUGCCACGAGCACCACAAGGCCAAGGUCGCUUUUCUCGGGGCCACCCACCCGGCUUCCUUCUCUGACGUCGUUCUGUUUGCCUCCGACGACGAGGCCGCUGGUCCCGUCCCGGCCCAUAAGGCCGUUUUGGUGAGCCGUUCUCCGGUGUUUAGAGCCAUGUUUGAGAAUGAGAUGGAAGAAAGCCUGAGCAGCACCAUCAAGAUUGGCGAAGUGUCCUACCGCACCCUUGGUGCCUUUGUUAACUACCUCUACACUGCUGAGGUACGCCUUGACCAGCAAUUCGCCUGUGUCCUCUUUGUAAUGGCUGAAAAAUACCAGGUGCAGCAUCUCAAAGACUACUGCCAGAAGUUCUUGGUGGCCAACCUCAACUGUGACAAUUCACUUUCGACCUACAUCUUAGCGCACCGGCAUAAUGCCAAGCAGAUCAUCGACGCGGCCUUAAUAGUGAUCACAGGCAACAUGGACAAGCUUACUUCCCGGAAGGAGUACGCCAAGCUCAAGGAGAAAGAUCCGCAACUCGUGAUCGAAAUCUAUGAAGCUUUUCUCUCCAGACAUUCUUCAUUUUCCUGUGUGCGCACGGUUUCUUCUACGUCUUACAGUGAGGGUUAUGGAUUUGAGGGACAGUGA